AAAUUUGAACCCAGUGUGAAUAUGUGCCAGCAGGGGCUGCUAUCUUUUGAAGGAUUUGCAAGAUUUUUGAUGGAUAAAGACAACUUUGCCUCCAAAAACGAUGAGUCACAAGAGAAUGCUGAGGACUUGCACUUUCCACUGUCAUAUUACUACAUCGAAUCUUCACACAAUACUUACCUUACUGGCCAUCAGCUUAAAGGGGAGUCCUCGGUAGAGCUCUACAGCCAGGUUCUUUUACAAGGCUGCAGAAGUGUAGAAUUAGAUUGCUGGGAUGGAGAUGAUGGGAUGCCUAUCAUUUAUCAUGGACACACUCUUACUACUAAGAUCUCUUUUAAGGAGGUAGUUGAAGCUAUUGAUCGCAAUGCGUUUAUCACUUCCGACAUGCCAAUUAUCAUAUCAAUAGAAAACCACUGUUCAUUGCCUCAGCAACGCAAGAUGGCUGAGAUUUUCAAGAAUGUAUUCGGAGAUAAGCUGGUAACAAAGUUUUUAUUUGAGAGUGACUUUUCUGAUGAUCCCAUGCUUCCUUCACCUGCCCAACUGAAAAGAAAAAUCCUGCUUAAAAACAAGAAGCUCAAAGCCCAUCAAACACCAGUGGAUAUAUUGAAACAAAAGGCACACCAGCUGGCACAUAUGCAAGCACAGGCUAGCAAUGGUGCUAGCAACCCUGCCGCCAAUGAAGAGGAAGAAGAUGAAGAGGAUGAAUAUGACUAUGACUAUGAGUCUCUCUCUGAUGCUGAUGUCCUUAGUGCUUCUCCUGCUCCUAACAGCCAGGAAGAUAACAUUCUUGAAGACCGACCUGAGAAUAAAUUAUCAAGUGAUAAACUGCAAUUUGAGUAUAAUGAAGAGACUGCCAAACGAAUAAAGAAGGCUGAUUGUGCUACUUACAAUAAUAAAGGAAAGGUUUACGAUAUGGAGCUGGGGGAAGAAUUCUAUCUUCCACAAAAUAAGAAGGAAAGCAGACAGAUAGCCCCAGAGCUAUCAGAUCUUGUCAUUUACUGUCAAGCUGUAAAGUUCCCCGGCUUGUCAACUCUAAACCCAUCUGGCUCUAGCAGAGGAAAAGAACGAAAAAGCAGGAAGUCCAUUUUUGGCAACAAUCCUGGCAGGCUGAGCCCUGGGGAGUCAACUACUCUUGCCAAAGCAUCUGGAAAAGGUCCUUUGGAUGCGAUGAGGCAGACCUGGGAAGAUCCUUGCUCUCCUUAUAACUCUCCAGCUUCUCUCAGUGCUAUCAUAAGGACACCCAAGUGCUAUCAUAUCUCCUCCCUGAACGAGAAUGCGGCCAAGCGGCUGUGCAGGCGGUACUCUCAGAAGCUGAUCCAGCAUACCACCUGUCAGCUCCUGAGGACCUACCCCGCUGCCACGCGCAUUGACUCCUCAAAUCCCCAUCCACUGAUCUUCUGGCUCCAUGGCGUACAGCUUGUGGCUCUUAACUAUCAAACAGAUGAUCUUCCUCUGCAACUUAAUGCAGCGAUGUUUGAGGCUAAUGGUGGCUGUGGAUAUGUUUUGAAACCUCCUGUUCUCUGGGAUAAAAAUUGUUCCAUGUACCAGCAGUUUUGUCCAUUAGAAAGAGAUCUUGAUAAUAAGGAGCCAGUUAUAUAUUCUUUAACAAUUGUGUCUGGACAGAAUGUCUGCCCUAGCAAUAGCACAGGCAGUCCGUGCAUUGAAAUUGAUGUGCUGGGGAUGCCUCUGGAUAGCUGCCAUUUCCGGACAAAGCCCAUUCAUCGCAACACUCUCAACCCCAUGUGGAAUGAACAAUUCCUUUUCCGGGUUCACUUUGAAGAUCUGGUCUUUCUUCGGUUCGCAGUUGUUGAAAAUAACAGCUCAGCUGUAACAGCUCAGAGAAUCAUUCCCCUAAAAGCUCUAAAAAGAGGUUAUAGACACGUCCAGCUCCAUAACCUGCACAAUGAAGCAUUAGAAAUUUCUAGUUUGUUCAUAAACAGUCGGAGAAUGGAAGAAAGUCCCUCUGGAAACACUCUGCCUACAUCUGUGUUGUUUAGCACGGGGGAAAGGAAAGCUGCUGUGAAUUACAAAGUGACAAUUCAUGGAAUUCCAGGCCUGGAGCCUUUCACUGUUUUUAACGUAAGUGGGGGGACCACGGCUGCACAGCUUCUCCAUCAGCUCUUGGCUACAACGAAAGGCACAGAGUCAUGUGCUCCAGACUAUUUUCUGAUGGAAGAGAAAAGUUUUAUAUCUAAAGAAAAGAGUGAAUGCAGAAAACCACCAUUCCAGAGAGUAAUUGGUCCUGAAGAAGGGCUAGUGCAGCUUUUGAACAGUUGGUUCCCAGAAGAAGGAUAUGUUGGAAGGAUUAUCUUUAAAACUUGUGAAGAAAAUUUAAACGAGAGAAACGUCUUUCAAGAAGCAAAGGAAGAUGCAGCCAUCAGCUCUGAGGAUGACAGCUUCUUUGUUCAGGUACAUGAUGUCUCCCCAGAGCAACCACGCACUGUCAUCAAAGCUCCCCGCUUCAGCACAGCUCAGGAUGUCAUACAGCAGACUCUUUGCAAAGCCAAAUACUCCUACAGCAUUUUGAGCAAUCCAAAUCCAAGUGAUUAUGUGCUCUUGGAAGAGGUGACAAAAGAGCCAGCAAACAAGAAGUCCUCAACAUCUAAACCAUCUCAGAGGAUCCUCUCUGAUCAAGAGUGUGUGUUUCAGGCCCAAAGCAAGUGGAAGGGAGCAGGAAAAUUCAUCCUUAAACUCAAAGAACAGGUUCAGGCAGCACGGGAUGACAAAAGAAAGGGCAUUUCCUUUACCAGUGAACUGAAGAAGUUAACCAAGUCAAGUAAGCAGUAUCGGGGAUUCAUAUCGCCACCUCUGCAGGUCUUGCCAGACAGUCCACAGAGCAAGGAUGAAAGGUCUGCGUGCAGUCUGACUUUUAGUGACAUAAUGGAAUAA